CUUGUUGGGGUUUUCCCGUCCUUAUCGCCAGCACUGCAAAUCAACAUGUAACACGUGUGAAUCAACAUGUAUUGACUGGACUAAAUGAGGUCAAGUCGUUGUCAGCCUCUCUGUGAUAAACAAAGGACAAACUUUUACUUACGACGAUUUGAAUGUUUUCUCAGGAGUUGGUGACAAACGCGUGGAAUGGAUGGUCAACUUUCUGAUAAGUAAAUUUGUGAUGAAACAAUUUCUAACAUAAACUGCCCCUCAUUCACACUUGGUAAACACUGUACAGGUGGAAUUUCUCACUAUCCAGCAUGGCAGAGAGAACCGUACGAAAACGUCCACAUGCAAAGAGCAAACCACAAGAAAGCAAACGAGCAGAAGCUGAGAACAGUAAGUCAUCCCGAGGUCCAUCAGCUGGAGUCUUCCUCCUCCUCCUCACCCUUGCUGCGGGACUGUGCUGUUACUACUUCCUGUUUGCGACCCCAGACACAGUGUUUGUCCGAGUGUCGGACCACGUUCAGCGGGCAGUAUAUGAUGUUCCAUGCUCAAAAGAUUAUUCACAAGAAGAAUUUCCAGAGUGCAAACCCAAGAGAUGUGGCAGAGUGGUGAUGGAUGACCUGGUCAGAAGAGAAGAUGCUGAAUACUUGCUGAGGGUAGCUGAGAAGGGCUUCGCACUGGCUGGAUCAAGUGGAGGGGCUUCCAUCCUGGAUCUGCACACUGGAGCUUUGUCGAAGGAUAAUGCAUUCAUAGAUAUAUACAGAUUACUUAAAGCAGAAAAUAUUGACUUAUUGACAGAAAAAGAUUUUACGAUUUACAAGAAAGUCAAAGACCAGAUCCAUGGUGCCAUUGCCACAGAGUUUGGUGUGUCGCCAGGGAAACUGUAUCUCACAAAGCCAACAUUCUUCUCCAGAAUGAACAUGACAACUCCCAAGACGAUACACGAUGAAUACUGGCAUGCUCAUGUAGACAAGGAGACGUACGGCUCCUUCCACUACACCUCGCUACUGUAUCUGGCCAACUACAAGCAGGACUUUGACGGUGGCAGGUUUGUGUUUGUGGACUAUGAUGCCAACAGAACGGUGGAACCAAAACUAGGUCGUGUGUCUUUCUUCACCUCUGGCUCGGAGAAUGUCCAUUUUGUAGAACGUUUGAAAGAUGGAGUACGAUAUGCAAUUACUGUUUCGUUUACAUGUGAUCCGAGCAAGGCUAUUUCCGAUCCUGUGUCCAGGUAAUCAUUCCAUGUUUUUGAAUAAAACAAAAUAACAACACA